UUUUCAAUGUUUUUAAAGCAAUAAACAAAUGGUUAAUUUACUGGGAUGUUUUAGGAAAAUUCACUUAGUAUCACAUUUCUCUUGUUGUUUUAAAUUUAAAGAAAUGAAAUAUUUGAAUGUAGCAGAAAAGAAUGAUGCCGCCAAAACCAUUGCCUCACAAUUGUCCAAUGGAACCGCUCGACGACGUGAAGGUUUCUCGAAAUUCAAUAAAAUCUAUGAAUUUGAGACGAAUGUACGAGGCGUCAAAUCAAAGAUGAUAAUGACUUCAGUAUCGGGUCAUUUGAUGCAAUUAGAGUUUUUAAAAGCUUAUCGUAAUUGGCAGAAUAUUGAUCCUCAGUCUUUGUUUGAUGCACCUGUGCAUAAGCGAUGUGCAGCAGAUUAUGAACCAAUCAAACGUACCCUAGAACGUGAGGUACGCAGUUGUCAAGGCCUCAUUAUAUGGACAGAUUGUGAUCGUGAAGGUGAAAAUAUCGGCUUUGAAAUUAUCGAUGUAUGCCGUGCUGUUAAGCCGAACUUAACUGUUUAUCGAGCCACAUUCUCCGAAAUUACUAGCACAGCGAUAAGACGUGCUUUAAACAAUCUCACAACUCCAAAUAAGCAUCCAAGUGAUGCGGUAGAUGUACGUACCGAACUUGAUUUACGUACGGGCGCGUCUAUAACUCGUUUUCAGACAAUGAGAUUACAGCGUUUAUUUCCGGAAAAAAUUGCCGACAAAUUGAUAUCUUAUGGUAGUUGUCAAAUACCAACUCUUGGAUUCGUAGCAGAGCGUUACAAGGAAAUUGAGGCGUUCGUUUCGCAGCCAUUUUGGAAAAUAAAAGUUUCUCAUACUAUUGAUGACCUGACGGUGGAUUUUCAUUGGGAUCGCAAUCGUUUAUUCGAUAAGCAAGCCUGUGAAGAUUACUACUUAAUAGUUUUAUCCAAUCCAAACGCGAUCGUUCAAAGCGUGACAGUCAAACCGAAAAGUAAGUGGCGGCCCACUCCAAUGGACACAGUAGAACUGGAAAAAUUGGGUUCACGUAAAUUGAAAUUACCCGCCAAAGAAAUAAUGACAAUUGCCGAAAAGCUCUAUACUAAGGGGCUCAUAAGUUAUCCGCGUACCGAGACAAACAUGUUUUCAAAGGAUAUAAAUUUAAUGUCAAUUGUUGAAGAACAAGUCGAACAUGCGAUUUGGGGAACGUUCGCUCAGCGUGUAAAGGAAUGGGGCCCUAAUCCUAGAAAUGGUAAUAAAUCGGAUCAGGCGCAUCCUCCAAUUCAUCCCACGAAAAUGGCACAUAACCUGGCUGGCAAAGAAGCAAGCGUGUACGAAUUGAUAUGUCGUCAUUUUUUGGCUUGUGUUAGUAAAGACGCUGUCGGAUCUGAGACUAUCGUUAAUAUUACCAUAGAAGGUGAAAAAUUCUCGGCUUCAGGUUUAGUUAUUUAUGAAAGAAAUUACCUCGAUGUUUACAUUUACGAGAAAUGGAAUGCCAAGCGGAUUCAUCACUACGAAGAAAGACAAGUUUUUCAACCUACUGAAAUUGCUAUGAACGAGGGUGCUACAGUUGCUCCGCCUUUGUUAACUGAAGCUGAUCUUAUAGCACUAAUGGAGAAGCAUGGUAUCGGUACUGAUGCAACUCAUGCCGAACAUAUUAAUACUGUAAAAGAACGUGGCUAUAUUGGCGUAGUGGACAACGGUGGCUUGGUGCCGGGUGUCAUUGGUAUGGGACUCUACGAGAGCUACAAUGCAAUGGAACUGUCGUUAGCUAAACCCGCCUUACGAGCAGAAUUUGAGGCCGAUUUAAAACUUAUUUGCUUAGGUGAGAAAAACGCCAGAGAGGUUUUGCGUCAACACAUAAUUAAAUACAAGGAGGCUUAUAAGCAAAUUAUGGAUAAAGUCACAGCGAUGGAUGAAAAAAUGUCUCAACGUAUUAAUGAGGCUCCCGUGAUUAAUGACCAUAACGGUCUUGAUGGCGCUUCUGAAAAUAACCCAAGUCAUUGGCAGGAAUUAUCAACAUGCCCGAAAUGUUCACAGGCACCUCUAGUUCUGAAGGCUAAGAAAAAUCAAAGUGGAUUUUUCAUUGGUUGUCUUAAUUAUCCGGAUUGUAAGAAUGUCAUAUGGCUACCAGAUGAAUGCAGAGAACCCAAAAUUCUAGACGAGAAUUGUUCCAAAUGUGGGACGGGAAUUAAAUUGCUCAAAUUCAAAUUUUCCAAUCCAUAUCAUAAAACUAUCUUUAGUACUCCCAACGGUUGGUACAAAACUUGUCUUCAUUGUGACGUUAAUUUCCGCGAAACAUUUAAUAUUAACUUGGAUUGCAUUAUGAAAACGGGAACAAUCGUCAGCGAUUCGGGGACUGCCACUUCUCAAGCCCCACAUGCAAACCAAAGUAAUAUGGGCAGUGGGACCAGGGCUGACUCCGGAAGAGAUUCUCGCAAUGAAAAUGAGAAUAAAACGGAACGCAAGAAAGCUACGAAAGCAAAAUGUUCAGAAACUAAAUCUGUAAGAACUAGAAUAAAAUCUUUAUGCAGAGAUAGACAGACUGGAACAGAUUCGACAACGAUGAAAGCAAAGAAAAUGAUGUCAAAAACAACAGUAGCUUCUACUUCAAAUGAUGUGCAAACUACGGCAGAAAUUGCUGAAGCAGAACUACAGAACGUACCUUUAGAUGAAUUUUUCGGAAGCACUGAUGACUUCACAAUGGAUUUAAACAGGAAUAGAUCUCAGGCAAAUGCAGAACAAUCAAAUUUUCCAAGUCAUGAACUCGAGGCAGCCUUUGCUAAUGAUGAUGAUGAUGAUAUAUUUGAAACCAUAGAAUGCGAAAAUUCCAAUCUUUGCCUGCAACCACCACAACCAGUAGUUUCUUCCCACUCUGUAAAUGUUGAUGCAAUCAAUGGUGACUUAGACGACAGUCUAUCAACAUUAUUUCGUAAUGAUGACGAUCGGGAUUAUACGUGGGGUAGUGCGUCUCGUAAUGCACAUUCAGCUGACAGAUCGACUUCAUCUCAAGGGCCAUGUUCAAAACGUUUACGUAUUCAAACAAAAGAGAAGAAUCCAAAUGUAGACGAAAAUAACGUACAGUUGCAAACUGCAGUUGCAUGCAACGUUUGCUUUCAACCAGCUAAAGAGUUAACAGUUAAAAAUGGUCUCAAUAAGGGCCGCCUAUAUUAUGUAUGCUCUAAGAGUAAUCCUUGUAAGUUCUUUCAGUGGGCUAAUGAAAGUCAUGUGACUAAUGACAACACGCCUGCUUGGGGCUCAAACGGUAACUUGGAGGAUUCAAAUAGCUCAACUUUGACUGAUAAUAUUGCAGUUAAUCUGCCGAAAAUUGAUUGUCACUGUCACAAGAGUUCUAGCAGUUUAACCGUGCGAAAAGAGGGCCCAAACAAAGGCAGAAGAUUUUAUACAUGCUCCAAUCGUAACAAAUCUUGUGGUUUUUUUAAAUGGGCCGAUGACCUUCCAAGCAGUUCGUCGCUGGGUGAGAAAUCAUCAGAUAUAUCUGCUACCCAUGAUAAAAGAACACUUACUUCUGCUCCACGAUCUAAGGCACGUAAAUGUGGUUUAUGCUCCCAAGAAGGACAUACUCGCCAAAAAUGCCCACGUAAAGCUGAAUUUGAAUUUUAAUUUAAAGGCUUGUGUGUAAAUAAAUAAAGCAAAAGUGAGUUCACCUAUAACACACAAAAUGUCUUCAGUGUAUUGUGAUCAUUUCACAGAAUAUUUUAUGGCUCAUUACUAAUAAAU